GCAGGCUUUCGGUGACGUCUCGCGUCCCACCCAUUCAGCCCUGGACUCUAUCCCAACUCCCGCAGUUCAAAGAGGAGGCGGCGGCGGUUAAGCGCAGUCGACGCCACAUCCCUAGCGGCAGGCUGAGGGAACCUGCCUCCUCUCCGGGGCGACCCAACGAUAUGUGGAUGCCGGAACUGAACCCGACGCCGGAGCCCGGCGACGUCCUUACCGUCGCUCGCCAGGCACACGCCCCUGUCAGAGGCGACUCUGCGGCCCUCUCGCGAGAGAGCGCCCGUGGUACCUCCUUCCUCUCAGCUGUCUUUCACUCCCCGCCCCCGGAGUGAUUGCGCGGCUUCCUCCAGAGGGCGGGAACCUUGGACGUGGCUGGUCUGGGUCAGCCAGGGCGCUGGGCCUGGGGCGCUCGGCGCAGCCUCUCGGCAGGCUGGGCUUCCGCGCCGCCGUCAAGCCCCCGACAGACCCCACGCCUGCCAGGUAGACCGGCGCCAGCCCGAGUGACGCCGGGCGUGGGACCGCGGGCGCGCGGCUCAGUGCGGCAGGGCGGGCGGGCGCCACACCUGUGCAAGCUAGGGCGGGGCGAGAAGGUGCGCAGGCGCGCUUGGGGUCGGCGGGCGGUGGCUCCUGGGACGUUGCGCAGCCAAAGUGGCCGGCUCGGCGCGCGCGCUCGCGGUGGCGUAAUCUCUCAGCCUCUCUGUGUCUCCUUUCCUCCGCCUCAGUUUGGGGCGGGUCGGGGAAAUGGCUGAGGAGAUGGAGUCCUCGCUUGAGGCAAGCUUUUCGUCCAGCGGGGCGGUGUCGGGGGCCUCAGGGUUUCUGCCUCCUGCCCGCUCCCGCAUCUUCAAGAUAAUCGUGAUCGGCGACUCCAAUGUGGGCAAGACGUGCUUGACCUACCGCUUCUGCGCUGGCCGCUUCCCUGACCGCACCGAGGCCACGAUAGGGGUGGAUUUCCGAGAACGAGCGGUGGAGAUUGAUGGUGAGCGCAUCAAGAUCCAGUUAUGGGACACAGCAGGACAAGAACGAUUCAGAAAGAGCAUGGUUCAGCACUACUACAGAAAUGUACACGCUGUUGUCUUCGUGUAUGAUAUGACCAACAUGGCUAGUUUUCAUAGCCUACCAUCUUGGAUAGAGGAAUGCAAACAACAUUUGCUAGCCAACGAUAUACCACGGAUUCUUGUUGGAAAUAAAUGUGACUUGAGAAGUGCCAUUCAGGUGCCCACAGACUUGGCACAGAAAUUUGCUGACACACACAGUAUGCCUUUGUUUGAAACCUCCGCUAAAAACCCCAAUGAUAAUGACCAUGUGGAAGCUAUAUUUAUGACCUUGGCUCAUAAGCUUAAGAGCCACAAACCAUUAAUGCUUAGUCAACCCCCUGAUAAUGGAAUUAUCCUGAAGUCUGAACCAAAGCCUGCAAUGUCGUGCUGGUGCUAAGUAACAGUCUUUAUUAUAUUAUCUAAUUUUCACUAAAGAAAUACUUCUGAAGUAUGACAGUAAUAAGUCAUAAGAUUUAAUCUCAACUAUAUUGGGUCAUCUUGACACUUUGCUGUUUAUCAUUGUCACACUUUUGUAUUUUGUAUCUACUUAAGUUUGUCACUGUGACAGCACAAGGAAAAGUUGGUUUUCAGGUGAGAUUGAAAAUGAAGCAAAAGUAGAAUGAAUCAGAACAUCUCUCCAUGUAGAGCCCAAUGAAGGAGGCUUAAAAUGAGAACAUGCUGCAAUUUAAAGGGUCAGAAACCAUUCAAUCUUGUGUUCCUAGGAUUGGAAAAAAGUGUUAACGGUUUAGCACACACCUAAUGAUAUGUCCUUUGAAUGGGAAGUGUUCUAAAUAGGAUAAAAACUGGUAUUAGCCUCUACGCAGAGUUCUUUUUUUGUUUUUUGUUAGAGACUGGGUCUUGCUGUGUUGCCCAGGCUGGCCUUGAGCUCCUGGGCUCAAGCAAUUCUCCCACCUCUGCCUCCCAAGUAACGGGAACUACAGGUGCUCACCAUUGCAUCUGGCCUUUCUUUGUUUUAUUAGCAUAUUUAAUUUUGUUAUUCGUAUGUUUUAGAGCCAAGACUUUAGUUUCAGUGGGAUAAGAAGGCAUAGAAUGUUUUCUGGUUCCCAGUCCAUAAAGAAUGACUUUCCCAAGAGUUCUAGGUGUUUGAUUUUCUAAUUAAUAUUAAUCAGAUCUACAGAAAUCAUUGUUACUUUUAAAAAGAGUUGUUUGAGUUGCUUUCUUACUAAAUCUUAUUAAAAUAUGCAAAAAUAAGUCAGAUUUUAGGCAAAUGAAGUGACAUUGUAAGGUGCUUUAUAUUUUAUUUUGAUAUCUUUAAACAGUGAAAAACUAACCGAAAGCAUAUGAAAAGUUGUAACUUGGGGGAAAAUAGCUCCUAGCUAACACAGGAGACCUGUUCUUACUUAGCUUUUAGUAAUUUCAAGCAGUGUAUCUGGUACCGUAUCACUUGCUCUCCCGUCACCUCCAAUAAAUUUAAUUCUAAAUGCCAAGUUAACAAAUCAACUUCCAUUUGGAUUGUAGCAGUGAAGGCACAACUCUAAUUGCUAUUAGUCCAUAUGGAUUUCUGUAAUAGUAUUGUGUCGUAUCAAUUUUUAAGAUGUCUAAAUUUUAUGGUCACGACAAACUAUUCCUCCUCAGUAUGAAAGAUAAAUUAGAUAUUGAAAAAUAUCUUUUCUAUCCUUCAGUCAUGGAAAGAAUAUUUCAAAAGUUUUUUAACCUAAAUACUUUUAUUUUGAAUUUAAGUCUUUGCCCAUAAAAUAUAGCAAGCUUACAUAUUAAACUACUUACAUAAGUGGAAUGUAAGUCAUGACUUUAACUGAAGUGUUCACAUUCACUAAUUCUGAUAGAUUAUUGUCCUUAAUAAUUUUGGAGGAAAUUAAGCCAAAAGAUUAUUAUUGUACUUAACAAUAUUUUCAGAAUGUGGGAAAUCAACUAAAAAUGUAAUCUAAUCUAGUUUAAGAUUUUUGUUGAUCAUGGUGGUCCAAACUGAACAAUUUAACUAUAAAGAUAAUUCUAUUAAAUGAGCUAACUGAGAAUAGUAAUUAUUGGAAGUGAUUAUUCCAUUUUUAGUAUUAGAGCUCAAAUUGGCUUUAUUUGCAUAUAGAGAGAUCAUUUUUCUUAAUCAUGCUGGAAUUAAAAAUUAAAAAUUGUUUUACUUGUAUCUAAAUCUUGAUUUAUAACUAUUUUUGUAAUAAAACAAUGACAGCUGUAGUAAUUGUGAUGAGUGUAACAACUUUUUUUUAAAGAAGGGACUCUGUUUAUUGCUUUUCAAAAUAUUUUCUAAAGUUGGGGAAGAAAGUUUAUAGACUUUCCAAGCACAUUUAUGGUUUUUUAUUGCUGUUACUAUGGUUUUAAAAAGAGUAACUUUAUUUCUUUUUGUAAGGAGUUAGUAGUAUCCUUUACAGUUCUGUGAAAGGACUUAUUUUUUAACUUUAAUAUUUAUUUUAAAAUAUUUGUAUCUCAUUUGUAACAAUUUAUUGUUUUAAUUUUUUAUAUGUAUGUUUUUAUUUUUGAAAAGAACAUACCAGUUGAAUGGGGAUAAAACUUUUAAUAUUUUAAAAUAUUUAUAAAACAUUUCAUUGACUGUUGAAAAUCACUUCCAAAAUGAUAGCUAUCAACAACUAAUUAUUAAUUUUUAAAGCACAAAUCACACAUUUAAAAAAUCUAUGGAAUUUAACUGUGACCUUUAAUUGAAAAUAAAUAAUUGAAAUAUCAGAUAUGUUUUGGAAAAGUCUUAAUUUGAGAGCACUAAAGGAAACUACCCCAGAAUCUAAUAUAGUUGGCUAUUAGUAACAAUGCAUUAUUGAAAGUAUAUUGCACAUACAUGUUUCCUCAUGAAAUCUAAAGUUAAAUAAUUUUGUUGUGGAAUAGUGUCACUGUUACAUUUCCCCCAUAAAGUUCAAUAAACCAGCUUAGCCACAAAGAAA